UCGGUGCGCAGGGGAGCGAGCCAUGGCGGCGCUGCGGGGGCUCUGGCUCGAGGUGCAGGACACCUGCACCUCGCUGGGGUUGAUGCUGUCGAUCGUGCUGACGGUGGCGCUGGCUCGCGUGGUCCUCCGGCGGCAUAUGCACAGGCCCAUGGCCCACACCUUUGUCUUGGAGUUUCUGGCCACCUUCCAGCUGUGCUGCUGCACUCAUGAGCUGCAAGUGCUGAGCGAGCAGGAACCCACGCACCCCACCUGGCCGCUGACGCUAGUUUAUUUCUUCUCUUUGGUGCAUGGCCUGACUCUGGUGGGCACCUCCAGCAACCCGUGCGGUGUGAUGAUGCAGAUGGUGCUGGGGGACAUGUCCCCCGAGAUAGGGGCGAUGAGGCUGUUGGCUCAGCUGGUUGGUGCCCUGGGCAGCAGAUACUCUAUGGGCGCCGUGUGGAGCUUGGGACUGACCAGGUAUCACGUCAGCGAGAGGACCUUCGCUUGCAGGAAUCCCAUCCACGUCGACUUGCCCAAAGCCGUCGUCAUAGAGGCCAUCUGCUCCUUUAUCUUCCACAGUGCUUUGCUGCACUUCCAGGAGGUCCGAAACAAGCUUCGUAUCCACAUGCUGGCAGCACUCAUCACCUUUUUGGUCUAUGCAGGAGGAAGUCUAACAGGAGCUAUAUUUAACCCAGCUUUGGCACUUUCACUACAUUUCAAGUGUUUUGAUGAAGCAUUCCUUCAAUUUUUUAUAGUGUAUUGGCUGGCUCCUUCUUUAGGCAUAUUGUUGAUGAUUUUGAUGUUCAGCUUUUUCCUUCCCUGGCUGCAUAACAACCAUACAACUAAUAAAAAGGAGUAACUAUUCCAAAAGACUCAGACUAAAUAACAAGACAGUCAAGCUGGAUGUGAUAAAAGAUUUUAUUACCUCAUAGUCAACACACUGGCUGCACUGGAUUCAUUAAUGUUGGUUUUCUUUGAGGAAGCUGCCUUAGUUUUCAUCACUGGGACUUAAAAUUACUGUGCAAAUGAGGUACCGUGUUUCUCAGUUAAGACUUGUUCUUCUGAGUGUGUAUUAAAUGCUGCUAGAAAAGGCUCACUACAUUAAAUAUAAAUCUCAAGUAAUAAUUACUAAUUUUGAUGAGGACAAAAAAGUGAGUACAGGGUGAGAAGGGAAAGGAAGGUGACGGUAGACCCCAAGAAAGAGUAUGUAUAUCAUGUGUCUCUUGAAUGAAGAGAAUUUUUAACCAAAGUACAACUAGUCAUGCUUACAGGACAGAGAGACGAUACUUUUCAGCCAGCACCUCACGCAAUGAUACCCAGUGUCAUCUUUCAAUAGGAAAGUUGCUUUUGGAAGCAGAUUAUAUAUCUACUUGUACUCACUGGGUUUUUUACAUUUUAAGUAUAUUCUAAUCUAAAAUAUUUUCUCUAAAUAGAGACUCACUAGCUUUAGCAAGCUGUUAUUCUUUAAUAGGACAUAGUCAAACAAAGCACCCAGAGUCAGGAGGUUAGCUUUUCACACUCUUAUUUGAUCCUUAUCAAAGUAGGUAGGGCAUGUAUUUUUAAUCUGUUCUACAGAUAAGGAAACUAAAUCUAGGGCGGAGUUUGCCGCCCUGUCCAAGGUCAAAUACAGCCAAAUACUCUCUUUAGGACUUCUACUUAAUACAAAAAAUCUUUUCGAUCAAUAUGACUAAAGAAAAAUUGAAGAUUUUGAAGACACAUUAAACAUCUUCGUAAUGUUAACAUUUGUCUAGGAAUUAGCUGUUGUUGUUUUUUUUAUUUUUAAGGCUUAAAGAACCUUCAAAUUUUCGUCUAUUAGAAGCUUUCCUUUAUUGUAUAAAGUCUACUUUAUUAAAAGUUCAGGCCAUAAAAGUCAGGUGUGUUUUUCUUCAAAGGCAAUUCCAUUAUC